AGAGAGAGAUAAAAAUGGAAUAGUGAGAAGAGAAAUAUCACACUCCAUUUAAGGAAAUAACAUACACCGACCCUUGACGUCGGCUGGGUUUACCAUGACAACAAAUGUUCAAUAUUUUCACUUGUCUGAUUAUCUUAUAUAUCUGGCAAGACCAUUCUUCACUUCCUCGACAAGACAUCUUCGUGUUCACAAGCAAGAGACGCACAGAUUGCACGUUGAGCUUUAAGACAAUCUAUCAAGAGGCGAUUAACACGUUAUAAGGCGUGCAGACGGUAUUGACACUGCGGUAUUAUUAUUCAUCGAACAGUUCACGAGUGCAGAUCAUAGCGAGCUAUUGAACCAUGAAAAGAGGAAGUUGGAUACUAAGCUUUGGGACGGCGGAAGGAAAGAGCUCACACUGUGCACUAUCAAAUGUAGGCACUUUGCAGAAUUCCUAUUCCGGGUGCGGUAAAGAUAGUCGAUAUUUAGGCGAAAACGAGACUGAAAGUAUGGCAGAGAGCGAGGUUCGUGGAGCAGAGUCGUUAGGUGAGGCUGCUCAGAAGGACGACGAGAAGAGAGAUUUAAGUCGAGGUGAUUCAAUAGAGAGCAGUCUUGAUAUCGACCAGCAUAUGAAAGAUGUAGAGUUGGAAGUUAUUGCUGCUACCGAGAGAGAGCUCAGUAAGGCUGAGGACGACCGAUACAAAAUGGCAGCGCUCAUCAACCAGGAAACUGAACGAGAUAUUCGACGAUUGUACAAGAGACGGGACGAGAGACUGAGACAGAAUCAUAACGAUAUCGAGAAAAGGCGUCAAAAGAUCGUUGAAAAGAGAUUUGAACUUGUGGAACAUAUUCAUUCAUUGGGAGAUGAUAUCAUGAAAAGUGCUAACAAACUGAAAACGAAAGGUUUAUCAAGGUCACCGAAGCUUCACGCUCAGCUUACCAAGAAACGAUCAGGACAUCACAAGAAUGGUGGAGACGGCAGCUCGAAGAGUAAAUCCCCAUCUUGCGGAGUCGAGGGGCUGGCAAAGCUACUUCAUGAGACAGCUUUGGGGAUCUCAUUCAUGGAACUUGAAGGGCCGAAAGUUGGUCGAAUAAGCGGAGCUUCAGACAGGUGGGUCUUGGAAGAGAAGGUUGAGGUGGCGCCGAUGGUGGGUCUGCCAGCUCUGAAGGGCUCCAUCAACGGCUCUGAAGUAGUGGUAGAGGAUGUCAAGACAUCUUCCAUUUACGUCACCAACAUCGAAGACAAGACGACGAGGAUGGUGAUUGAAGAAAAAACACCGUUAUUCAACUGCGCGUCCCUCGACGGGGCGGUGAUCGUCUGCGGAAGCAGGAGUGGUCGGGUGGCGCUCUAUGAUAAAUCCUGGAGACACCUUCGGAAUCUGAGUUUUCCAGAGAAGUUCUUGAGCGGAGCCGAAGUGAUGUGUGUCGCGGUAGAUGGCAGCGGUAAGAUCCUGAUUGCUCAGUACGGAGGGAGUAACAUCCAUGUCUUCAACCCAUCUGGGACUCAGUGGCUUAAGACUAUUGAGAUCGAAGAGAUGAUACCUAUCCACGGCAUCCAUGCUCUACACUCGGGGAUCGCUGUUCACUCUGCUAUGUACGGAGAGCAGGUAUGCAUCCUAGACAAGGACGGCAAGGUCAAGACAAAGGUGUUCCUGGAGGAAUCUGAAGAAAAGUGCAUGAGUAUUCUCGCUACUGACCUGGCGUCCAAUUCUCUCUUCAACCUGACCUGUGGUGCUUCCAGUGGACAGUGCAUGGUGGAGGAACUGAGUGACCUUAAGUCAGGUCAUGCCAAACCAGAGAAGGUCAUUGAAUUCGCUGCUCCUCGGUUAGCUAAUGGGUUGAUUGCAGGAGAGGGGUUCAGCAUCCUGAGACCAGAUAAGAUGGUGACCUGUGAUGGGGAACAUCUUCUCGUAUAUGGGAAAAGAAAAGGCGUUAACCAUCUCCGAAAAAUAGUCACAGCCUCUCAUACAAGUAGCUAAAGUGAUAAAGAUGUUCUUUUCUGAUUUGUGAGGAAAAUUUAAGCCGCGUCUUGUAAAUAUUCGACUUUUCGUCAAACGGUACAAAUGGCAGCCUGGAGCUGACAACCGUGACAAAUAAUUUUGAAUAAUAUUAUUAUAUUUUGUACUCGUUUCUAUAUUAUGCUCUCUUGUCUUGUACAAUGUGAAGGGAAAUCAUGGCUUUUAACAAACUCUAUUCCAUUCCACGAGUGAGAAUUUUAAACAAAACACUAUUAGGUUCUUGGUAUUGGGGGUAUGUGUAGAUUUAUAUUAAGUAUAAUCGGACAAUUAAUGCUUAUCAAUGAUUGUUUAAUCACUGAAUUCAAGCAUGUAUUAAUGGCGCUUUCAAUUAUCGAUGCGGUGAUUUAUAGAUCACUUUAUUCUUUGUUUUUUAGUGACGAGUCUUCCAUGUAUUAUGAUGUAGAUCUGUAUCACAGUUGCCAAAUAACUCGGUUACAUAAUGAUAAAUACUAGUCUAAUUUGUUCUUAUCGCUUAAUAAUACGUUUCUGAGCGCAUUGCAUUGUAAUUAGUAUAUAAGGUGGGACAGUCAUCCAUUAUGUCCUAGGCCAGAAAACACCAGUGAAACACUUUUGAUUAACCCAAUUCAAUCUGAUAUUCAGAGUGAUCCAAAUGUAUUGGACUAGUGGUAAAUAUAUCAAUUUUAUUCUAGAUUUGAAAGAACCAAUGUCAGAGCAUUGCAUAAUAACGAAUUCACUAUGAUCUGUAUAAAGAUAAGCUCAUGAAUCAUAUAAAUUGUAUAUUCCAAAAAUAUCGUCCUUUCGCAAGCAGGCGACGAUAUCUUUACACCCCUAUACCUACAUGUACCCCUGUCCCCUUCGCGGAGGAUCCUUAACCCCCAUCAAUGUCUGGAUUCUGGAUACACCACUUAAGUUUUAUGUACAUUGCACAAUCAUAAUUGCGACUGUAUCUGAAAAUUGCUAAAUGUUAUUUUUGUCAUCAUUCCAAGUGUAAUCAAUCUAUGGCAUGCCCGUAUACAUGGAAUGUUAGAAGAAGGAAGUUUGUGUACUAUGUUAUCAUAACAAAACAUGCGUUUCAAGAAGUCAGAAAUCUAUCAUGACCUCAUGAACUGAAUUAGUCAAUGGUGAUUAGAAGAUUGAUGGUUGAAAUUCAUGUCUGUUACGUUGAAAUGUAAAUUGAAAGAGAAGUCGCAAAGGUUCCGUCAACUAUAUUUCUAUUUUACUGAUUCAAUACUUAACAAAGAAUUAAUGCUUAAAGAACGCCUAAUUAGGCCGGUUUUCAUGAGCUCGAGUUUGCCAAAUAGCCCUUUUGUAUUCGGGGAAUUAGCCCGAAGUUAAAAAUCGCGUCCUCAUCAACUCGGAACUAGAGCUCGAAAAAUUUGCUCAGUGUUCGCGCGUAGUGCGAGUCUUUGGGCAGGUGAAGACGGACCACAAAUAGCGGGCUAUUUUGCAAAUUGACACAAGCUCUCUUUACUUGCCAAGUAGCCCGCUAUUUCGUGACCUGGCUAAUUUUCUGGAUCGGAAAUAGCGGCUAUUUGGCAAACCUGAUAAAAACAGGCCUAUUGUCCACGAGUUUGGAGUCAUUCGGGGAAACCCCUUUCCUGGCAUUUAUGGCACAAUCAUUCCUCAUGUAACAUUUCCCUUUGAAAUAGAUAAUUAAUUCUUUCCUCAAUGGCUGAGCUAAAAUUACCUCCCUGUGAGUUAUUCAAGAAGACAUGUCUCCUUUAGCAGGGUACACAAAGUUGCCAAAGGUUUUGUAUUUGAUUGUAUUUAUUAGAAAACUCCAUUCACAUGGUGUACAUGAAUAAUUUGUUUUUAGGAAUAUUACAAAUAUGGAAUCAAUCAUUUGAAAGAUACAUGGACAUAUUAUAAAUAAUUAUACAAGUGUGUAUUCCUACAUUACUUCAUAAUAGAAUUGAUGCUUAGAAAAUGACAACUGGUGAUUCAUAUCAAAUCUUUUGUGUUGAUAAUUUACCUGCUUGCGUGUUGUAUAAAUUAUGGUAUAUGGGUAAAUCUCAUAACAAUACUUAUAACGGAAAUUACAAUGUAACAUAAUUUGGGGGUACCGUUCGAAUGGUCAGAAACACAUUUUGAGUAUCAGAUGAAAUGAAUUCUCAAAUGUGUUCAAUAAUCUGUAACACAUAAUACGAUGUCAUUAAUUUCCAACUUAAACUCGAUUUGAGAUGAAUGAAUCACAUGAUUUAUAUUAAAUGUAUCUUUAACUAAUAUGAUAUUAGGAAAAAAUAAAUGUUAAUAUGACAGUUUUAGAUAUUCGGAGAACCAAUCCCGACUAGCACUCGUGCUAACUUUUGGUUCUCCCUUUAACAACAUUUUUUAGUUACUUUUUAAGAUUAAAAAAUAUCCUUUAUUUGAAUCACUUAUACGUUAUUGGAACUCUGUGAAUUUCAAUUCCAGCCACAAAUCUCUACAUAUUAUUAAGUUAUAGCUAAUUCACAGGUUUGAUAUGACAUGAUAUAUGAUUAACUUAAUUUGUAUGGUUCAACUAUAGAUA